AUGUCGUCCCCUCUCUGUGUGUUAACCCGAGGCUCGAAGCUGGUUGGUAAACGCUGCCAUACCUAUGUUUUGCUUGAUCCGCUCAUUCAGCGCGAAGGUAAACGGUGCAAUGUCUGGAGCGCGCUCAAAGGAGAACGACCCAAUGCGCCAGAGCUGUUGUAUAAAUCUGGCUACAUCCGUCGGAUGGUCGAUGUUGUCCCGCCUCCUUCUGAUGUGGAGCCUCAGACCAUGGUUCUCGAGGCGUUCGAGAAAUCGUUGUGGAGCGCAAGAUCUAUCGCAAUUGGACUGGGACUAUACACCACAAGAAUAUCGUUUAUACAGGUUUGUUGCCGAGAACGGGACUUAACAUUGAAUAGACACUCUGUGCCAGACUUGAAGAUGGAGAACGUCCUAGUCAAUGGGUUCGAUAACAAGUCCCCAGGCUCCGGUGAACGUUUGGUAACAAAGAUUGCUAAUCUUGGGACGGUACCUGCACCUGCUUCAAGCCCACAUCAAUUUCAAGAAACCCGGGAUGUUUGA